UACUAUUGUUGUUUGCUUGUUUAUUAGAUAAAACCCCCUAAAUACUCGAGUUUAUCUAUUCACUACUUCCCCAUUUUUAAAGCACCAAAAUCAACAACAAACAAGAUGGAAGGUAUUAUGAGGAAGUUUUGUGGUCUGGUGCUGGUGAUGCUCAGAAGCCUCCUUUGGUUAAAUGGAAUAUAUGCAAAGCCUCUAGAACUAAUGGGGGCUGGGUCUUUUCGAUUUGGAGAGUUUCAACAAAGCUCUUCUAUCUAAAUGGCUUUGGAAGUAUAUCACAGAAAGCACAAGCUGGUGGUGUCAUCUUAUUGAGCUUAAAUACAAGCAUAGGUGCUCCUCAUGGAUUACCGGUCCGAUUAAGAAUGGAUAUGGAAGUUCCCCUUGGGCCACCAUUUCAAGAGAAUACAAAUCGUUCUGGAACUAUGUUUACAUAGAUCCGGGAAGUAGUACUAAUGUUUCCUUCUGGUUUGAUUGCUGGUCUCUUGGGCGUAUCCUUGCUUACGAUUUCCCCAGUGUUGUCGCCGCUGCCACUGCCCCUAAAGCCCAAAUCGCGGACAUCUACUCUCAUUCAGGUGAGUCUUUGCGGUGGGAAAUUGAUUUUAAAUAUAAUUUGAGGGGUGGGGCUGAGAGAGAGAGGCGGAAUCUUGUGCAUUUUAUUAGUUCCUGUGAUUUUUAUAAUGAUGUUGCUAGUCCGUGCAGACCCUUCUAGACUCCCAACCCAGACUCGACCUUUUCUGUUUCCUCCAUGUAUAGAUGCAUUGCUGCAGAUUCUUUCCCGGGAGUACCUGACUUCCCUUGCUCCCGCAUUUGGAAGAGUAUCAUCCCAACCAAGAUUUGCUUUUUCAUGUGGGCUGUUUUCCACAAAAGAAUUCCGACAAUUGAUCUACUGAAAAGAAAAGGGUUGGAACUGGCUAACCGUUGUGUUCUGUGCUGUAAAGAGGAGGAAUCUGACGAUCACUUAUUCACCGAGUUCGACUACGCCAAGAAAGUAUGGAGUUUCAUCAAGAAUAGAUGCAGAGAGGCUUAUCAACCGCAAGACGACAUUUUGUUGGCAAUCCGUAAUUGGUCAGAUUCACUUCCCAACACCAUUGAUGGAUGGUUUUGCUUUUGCUUGCUCCACGCCACUUGCUGGCACCUUUGGCUUGAGAGAAACCGAUGCAUUUUCCAGGACAAAAGCUUGCUUUCCAGUACCAUUGCCCGACGUAUCGCGAAUGCGGUCAUUGAGUGGGUGGUUAUUCAAGCUAAAGUGGAUAAGUCUCAAGGUGUAGAUUGGUUGAAGAAUCGUUUUGAUUGAGUUGAGUUUUUCUGUUGUGUAAUCCAUAUGAUUUGUUGUUUCUUUCCGUUAGCUGUUGUUUGUUUGCAGUCGUUGCGGGGAUGUAAUGACCUGUCUGAGAUGCUUGCCCCCCCCCCCCCUCUUGUUCCCUUUUUCUUCCUGGGCAUGAGCUUUCUGGUGGGCUAAGCCCUUUAUUAUUAUUUUUUGCUGAUUUUUUGCUUUUCCUUUUUUGAAGCACGUCUCAUGCUGGGUUUGUAUUAUGUACUUUUCCUUUUCCUUUUCUUUAAUGCUAUUCUCACCUUUAUAAAAAAAAUUAGAAGACCUCGUAGAAUACUUCCAUAGGCAUCCCCUAGGAUGUAUUACUUCGAUCUACAAUUUCCCACAUCAAGUUUUCGAAGCCCUAUCUGUUAUUUCUAAUCAUGUAUAAAAGCAUCUAAUCAUCUUGUGUCUUUCUUUAGUUUGAAGUUUCUGUUGUUUAGCAGAAUUUCACAUGAGUCUAGUAAGUACUAGGAGAAAAACCAAAAACCUAAAGGUCGUGCAAGAGAUAGUUAAAAAAGGAGGAGCAUCGAGCUCACUCAUCUUGAAGACGAAGGAAGGAGUAUCUAGGUUAGGAGAAGAAGAACCCUCAAGCCCCACCAAUUUCAAGUAAAGCUUAGGGGAGGAGGACAUUAUUGAUGAAGACAACUUCGAUUCGGAGGGAUAAGGAGCAUCUUCAACUUAUUCAACACCAACGAUGGUUGGAGAAUAAAGAAAAAGACAAGUGAUCGUUCCACCUGCUCUCUAUGAGUACUCAAGGCCGAGAGGUUGUGAGGUGCCUGGAAGGAGAUGGGAUGGUUUGUGUGGAUAGGUUAAUUGUUUGAUUGAGAAACAGAGGGAAAGGCUAAGAGAAAGCAACAGAUUAAUGCGUACAAGUAGGGAUGGCAAUGGGUAGGGUCGGGUGCGGGUUUACUCUAUACCAACUCCUAACCCGCCGGGUAGAGCCUCCUAAAAUAGCCGAUCAAAUAACUACCGGGUAUGAAAAUGAUAUCACCAUACCCUACCCACCGGGUCACCACGGGUAUUCGGGUAAACAUGGGUACAAAUUCUAAAAUAUGAACUUAUACACAUAUAUGCACAUGCAUACUGUUGUCCAUUAAAAAUUCUCAAUACUUGUAACUGUUCUAACUUCAACAAUCCACACAAAUAAAAACAAACAAACACAUAAUAAUUGUUCUUGCUUCUACAAUCCACAUAAACAAAAAUACAAUACAUCAUAUUUGUUCUAGCUUCAACAAUCCACACAUAAACACAAAAACAGCAAAGACAAUUUUAGAACCAGACCACGUCAAAUGCUCACUGCUUAACUUAUGCUUCAUGACAUCCAUCAAGGCAUCAUUAGUAGAACAAUUAUCCAAGGUAAUCGUAGAUACCUUUGUAUCGAUAUCCCAAGCAAGUAAAGUUUCAAGAAGAGCCUGAGCAAGCACCUCACUUGUGUGUGGGCAAGGAAAAUCGACUGCUGGGUAGGGUUAGGGCUAGGGAAAUUGACCCUUUGGAUAGCGGGGCGGGUAUAACAGGACGAGUAUUAUCGAUUACCAUACCCGUACCCUACCCUUUAUUUUGAAACAGGGUUUUACCCAUACCCGCCCCUUAACCCGUCAAAACUGGUAAUUAUCCUCGUUGACCGGUUAUGGUCUAGUAGGAUACCCAUGGUUACGGGUUGGAUUGACAUCCCUACGUACAAGGCUGGCUGGUGCCUUUAGAAUAUGUUCACUUUUAGGGGCAAAAGUUAUGAAAGGAGCAGAAGGCGGGAUACUCUUUUGUUUUUCAGUUUAAUAAGGUUGCAUACUUUUGUUGUGAGAAAUUUGGAAGCCAAAUUAAAUUUUAGAUCCAAAGUAAAGUUCCCUCAAAAUAAAAUUUAGGAUGUAGA